AUGUUAAGAGGAGGAAUAUCUUCAAUAAAGAAGAUAUCUUCUUCAUCUCCAUUAUUAUUGGUCGAAAAUAAUUUAUUGUUUUUUAAUCAACAACAACAACAAUAUUCAAGUCAACCGUCAACAGCAAAGACAAAUACUAAAUCAUCGUCAUCAUCAUCAUCAUCAUCAGCCUUGGGAUCGACAAAAACAAAGAAACAGAAUGUUGUUCAAAACAAAUCAAAUGAUCCUUUAAAAAGAUCAAAGAAUGAUAAUAAUAAUCAUAAUCAUAAUCAUAAUCAUUCAUUAUAUUUUGAUAAAGAAUCAUAUUUUAAUGAUAUUUUGAAUGAUAGUCCAACAACUACAACAACUACUACUACAACAACUACUACUACAACUAAUACAACUACAACAAACAAUAACUCAUUUGAAACUAUUAUAAAUGAUUAUAGUAAUAUGUUGGAAUUAUUAAAUGAUAAACAACAAUCAAAUCAAUUACUUUUAGAAUCACCAUUAAAAGAAUUGGAUCAACAAUUAUAUAAUACUUUAUUAAAAGAAUACCAACAACAAGAAUCAUCAACGUCGACAUCGACAUCACCAGAGAUUGAUGGUAAAGGUAUUAGAAAAUUAACCAAAUCAUUGUUAAUGUCUGGUAAAGUUGAUUUGGCAAUUUCACAAUUUCAUUCGAUUUGUGAUGAAUCAUCUUCAUCAUCAUCAACAUCAUCAAAGACCAACAAAAAGGUAGUAAUAGAAUCUACCGAUUUAAAUCAUGUAUUUAAUUUAAUUGUUAAAUAUUAUAUUUAUGUUGGUAAUUAUACAGAAUCACAAAAGUUUUUCUUUGAUAAUGUAAAGUUGGUGCAAGGACAUGGGUAUUUGGAUUCUAGUCACUUUUUGGAAUACCUAUCGAUUCUCAAGUUUAUCGAUCCCCAAUCAGACGUAUUAUUACAAAUACUGCAAGAUCAAACGUUGGUCAUUGGACAAGACCAAAUCUUCAAUAUACUGUAUCACCAACUAUCUAGGAAUCAAGUGCAACUAGUCGAUGCAUUGGUCAAGAGACUUCCACCAAGCAAAUCAUCAGAGUCAUUUGAAACGCUUCUAUACAUUGCUUUGACAACCAAUCAAAAAGCGUUGGUAUCGAAAUGGGGAAAGGAGAUGUUUAUUUCACACGGAUUUAGACCACAUAUAGGAUUGGUUUAUUUACUGGCCAAGCAUGCCAUGGUAAAGGGAGGAGACGACAAUCAAGUAAAGAGUAUUUUAAAACAAGUUUGUAAGACUAGUCCAGACAAUGCGGCCAUUCUCCUAAUCUAUUGUAAUUUACGUCAGACUGUUCCCGACGAACGACUAUCAAAUCUCAUCAUUGAAUUGGAGCAGUCCCAGAAACGCUGGGAUCUAUGUCUGUCUAUUGUCAUUGAGUUUUAUCUACAGGUGGGACUCUAUGCAAAUGCCCUCGCCUACUAUGGCCAACAUGUGAGUGGCAAGGCAGGCUUGUACCCACGACCAUCGACCAUCCAAGCAUUCAUAGCCUACCACCAACUUCAAUUGGUGCAAGAUGUUACCGAGCAAUCAUUGGAAAAAUUCUGGGAGAAAAAGAUGGACUAUAUGGACUAUCACACCGACACUUUGGAAGCAUGUGAAAGAAAGAAAUUUGAUAUACUCAACAAUCGCGUUGCUCCACUUAGCGAACAAGUCAAUUCACUUGACAACUUUUUAACAUCAAAGGAAAAACAAUUUAAUCAAUACAAAAAUAAUAAUGAAUCAUCAACAACAACAACAACAACAACAAAUACUCCCUCAACUACUACUACUACUCCUAUGGAAUUUAUAAAAUCAUAUAUACAAAAAGAUUAUAAUAUUAAAAAACAACAAAAGAAAAUGUCUGAUCAAUUGGUACAUUUGAUUGGAACAGAACAAUAUGCUCUAGCAUGUGAAUGGAUGGAAGACAAGGGCAAGGUAAAUAUGAUCGACCCCAUGGUAUUGUUGUGGACAAGUCAUCAAUUGCUUGACCUCAAUUUGGUGAGCCAAAAAAUGAUUGUCACAUUGCCAGAGAAUACAGUGUCGAUUCUACUCUACAGCAAGGCAUUUGAUAGAUUGGCUCUCAAAAACAUGGACAGUGCAGUGUUGCUCUUGUCUGCAUUACGGUCGUCUCGUAUGCCUCACUUGUAUCGCAACCGUUUGGUGAAUGAGGUUAUGACCAAAUCACUCUCUUCACACUGUCAAAUAGACCUACUCAACAAGAUAUUUAUGAAUCCUGUCAUUCCCAUCUCGAUCAAGUCGUUCCAAGUGCACUGCAAAUAUCUCGUACUUCACAAUCAGUGUCCCACCUAUCUCAUGUCACGUUUCCGCUCGAUCUUUGGAGACAGCACCUAUAUUCGAAACGUCGAGCUCAACAAAUUGAUCCACGACAAUUGUAUGAAAGAGGCUAUUGCCUAUAUCCACCCCUCCAAUUUCUCAAAGCCCGAUCAGUUUACCGAGGCCCUUAUCGUCAAGAUCUACGCCAUUAAAUACCCCACUCCAGGUUCCAAUCCAGACCAUCUCCAUCAAUGGAAGUCGUUCCUUGCCCGCGGUAUCUCUCCUCAGACCAAAAACUUUUUCUACUGUAACCUGUUUGCAUUGAUCGAUCCCCAAGCCAAGGGUGACAACAUCGAUGUCAUCAACCAAUUAAUUUCAUCAGAUAUGGCCUAUUUCUACCAAAAGAGAAUCAACUCGCCGACCAUCCGUCAGUACGAAAUUGCUUUUGAACCCAACCUCACCAAACGAAUCCAAAUGUACAUUCAAGCACCCAACUCUACCAAAAAGUCACAAGUACUUGUCAGGGCACUCAGACAGGGUCUACGUAACCAUAAAUCAACGGAAUUGGCCAAACUCAGUGGUGAAAUUGAAAGAUUUAGCCAUACCAGCCAAAAGGUUACCAACACUGACGAAUUGGAUUGGUCACCAAAAAAUAGAGACGUUCAACUCAAACCACUCAAAAACGAAUCGAUCCUUUUCAUUUGCAAGGAAUACAUUCAUGUCAAACAUCAACCUGAUCUUACCAAUGUAUUACAACAACAACAAGAUGCUAGAUUCAAAUUACAAUCCAACCUUUUAUUACAAUUUCCAAAAGGUUCCAUUUAA